GGGUGCUCGUGUGCUUGCGCAAGGGUUGGCGGUGGCAGUGCUACUGUCCCCAGGGACCUGCGACAGUCCCCACCUGGAGAUGAAGGCGCGUCUGCAAGAAUGCUUGGAGACAGGUCUCGGGCGGUGGAGCCUUCUGGGUUCUGCAGGGUUUCCAGUGGAUCUCACUCUUGCAAGUAGACAAGUGAUCUAUUCCAGUGGGAAUGACAUGAAGUUCAGAAAUGAAUUUGAACCUAGCCAUACCAUAAAUCAGCCUUUGACUUUCAUAUACUAUUCUGCUCUACAAAUUCUACAGGAUUGUUCCUGGAACAGGUAAAGCUUAACAAGGGCACAUUGAAGAAGUAAACUGACCUGGAUCUGGCUCCUGUUCUCCUAAUGUCAUGGACAAGGACUCACAGCAACAGAAUACACACACAAUUUGAAUAAAUGUGUGAAUGGGUGCGCUUGGUAAUUGCUGAAAAGGCAUUGAAGUGCGAGGAACAUGACGUAAGUCUGCCCCUCAGUGAGCACAAUGAGCCUUGGUUUAUGCGUUUGAACUCAACUGGAGAAGUGCCUGUCCUUAUCCACGGGGAAAACAUUAUUUGUGAGGCUACUCAGAUCAUUGAUUAUCUUGAACAGACUUUCCUGGAUGAAAAAACACCCAGGUUAAUGCCUGAUAAAGGAAGCAUGUAUUAUCCACGGGUACAACACUACCGAGAACUGCUCGACUCCUUGCCAAUGGAUGCUUAUACACAUGGCUGCAUUUUACAUCCUGAGCUAACUGUGGACUCCAUGAUCCCAGCUUAUGCAACAACAAGGAUUCGCAGCCAAAUUGGUAACACAGAAUCUGAACUGAAGAAACUUGCUGAAGAAAACCCAGAUUUACAAGAGGCAUACAUUGCAAAACAGAAGCGACUUAAAUCAAAGCUGCUUGACCAUGACAAUGUCAAAUAUUUGAAAAAAAUUCUUGAUGAGUUGGAGAAAGUCUUGGAUCAGGUUGAAACUGAGUUGCAAAGAAGAAAUGAAGAAACCCCAGAAGAGGGCCGCCAGCCUUGGCUCUGUGGAGAGUCCUUCACCCUGGCAGAUGUCUCACUCGCUGUCACAUUGCAUCGACUGAAGUUCCUGGGGUUUGCAAGGAGAAACUGGGGAAAUGGAAAGCGACCCAACUUGGAAACAUACUAUGAGCGUGUCUUGAAGAGAAAAACAUUUAACAAGGUUUUAGGGCAUGUCAACAAUAUAUUAAUCUCUGCAGUGCUGCCCACAGCACUCCGGGUGGCCAAGAAAAGGGCCCCAAAAGUUCUUGGUACCACCCUUGUGGUUGGUUUGCUUGCAGGAAUGGGAUAUUUUGCUUUUAUGCUGUUCAGAAAGAGACUUGGGAGCAUGAUAUUAGCACUUAGACCCAGACCAAAUUAUUUCUAGGCUUGUGGGGAUCCAGUGGUGGCAAUUCACCCUACCAUUUAACUUGACCGUGUCCACUCUGCCAGGCCCAGGGAGAAUGACCCCAGGCAACAGUAAAAAGCUAUUUUACUUUAUUUUUUGGGUAGUUUAUGCAGGGAGAGGAGGCAAUGAAAAUUUUUUUUGUGGGCUGGUAGUGUUGAGACUACUGAUUUUCCAAACUGAACUAAUCUACCCUUAAAAUACUCACAAGGUUAAGGUAUAUAAAUGUGAUAAGUUGAGAAUAGUCCUUGAACUCAAAAUACCAGUUCAAGUUCUGAAUUUUGCGGGGGCAGAGGUUAUUAUUACAAGCAGACAGUAAUAAUAACCUGAGAUUGCCCAUAGCUCUUUAUCUGAGAGUCUCUAGAUAUGCUGAGUGUUGAGUAGUUAGCAGAAUUUCUCCCUGGAAUUCAGAUGUCAUCUUUAUUACACAGCACGGGUUCAGACAGCAGCAGGGCACAGCAGUGCUUAUUGCUAGCAUUGCUAGCUUCAGGCAGAAAUAAGGGAGGCAAAGGGAGAGAGAGAAAGGAUGAAUAAAGUCUACACUGUAUAGUGUGCAGAGCAGCAGAAUGCAACUUUCAGGAGCCUCUAGAAUUACUCAGGGCUGCCUGGUCCCUUAGUAAGCAUUACUGUGACACCCUGAACCCACUGCCCAUGCAUACUCUUAUAGUUGAGAACCUUGGAAAAUAAGACUAAGUAGUUACUAGGCAGAGUGGGCUGGAGAAAACCCCAGCCUUUAUAUUUACAUUUUACUUUAGAGUUAACUUUAAAUGCAUAUGAAUCACAUGCACUGAUUUAAUAAGAUUAACUGCUUAUAUACUUGGGUGAGAGAUGCCCACUUGGAGCAUGUCUGCCUAGCAUUUACAUGAAAAUUUAAAGUGGUAUGAAAAUGGUUCCUUUCUUUUCAUGGUUCCCUGAUUUGAUGGUGCCUAUGGACUGUUAUGUCCAGUCAUUGGGGACUUGGCCUCUACAGCCCCUUUAUGCAUACAAGUAGCAUUUGGUGAGUGUCCAACUCAUCACUAGCAUGGUGUGUGGCUGGGUAGUGGACCUGGAUGAUCUUGGAGUACUACAUGUGUUCAUUCUGCAUUUGGAAGGCUGAUGUGUUAACUCAAAAACUAUUAUCAAGGACUUGCAUUUGUUUAUGAUAAUCAACAAAGCUUUAGAAGGUUAUAGAAGAAGAGAAAGUUCUAGUCUUAGCCCUUGGCAGUUAAUUUAGGGGAGAUGAAAUACAUGGUUAGACAGUGACAUCCGCCAGUAUCCAUUCAUAUAUGUCUAGGCAAUUUAGGGGGUGUCUCAGUCCGUGUGGAAGGGAUGAUCACAGUGCAUCCCCUGAGCAACCAGAGAGCUGCAUCAUACAGUUUGGCUCAGGAAAAUUUUUCAUGGUAACAGGAAGACACAGUUUUUCUAGAGCUGGGCAGAAAGGCCUUAGGAGCGAUGUCCAGUCUUUGACAGAAAAUAUGUACAGAGAAUAAGGAACUAAAUUUUCAGUGAACAACACAAGCUUGUCUGGAGUGCCUCAGAACUCCUGUGUAAAAUAGCCAAAGACUGGACUGAGUCUUGAACAGUAAUCAGUCAUAACUAGGAAACAAUGUUUUUAUUUGGUUGGUCAAAGGAUUUUAUAAUUCCAUUUCAUGAUAUAGUUAUUUCAGAAAAGUCUGAUGAACUGGAUGUUCUCUGUUUAUAAAAAAUUAAAAAACAUUUCCAGGGUAAAUUCAAUCCAACAGUCAUUAAUAGAUUAGAAGCUUUUAGAAUGUCUUAAUUUUGUACCUCAGUGUACUGUUGUAUGGAGUGAAAUUUGUUGCUGGAACAUUCUAAUCUGUGUGUCCAUAAAAGAUCCACAAAACUGAUUAUUCAGUGUUGCAGCCACCAGCCUGCAGUGACCGCGGAAUGCUGCAGAUGGCUCAUUGAAACACGAGAAAAACAUACACACGGACAACCGAGUCCUGUAGAGAAAUAGGAACGAAACAGCCACUCUCUCUAGUGGAGAGCGCCAUGGCCACCCUCUCUAGUGAAGAGUGGCCUGAGUCACUGCCUGAGUAGGCUUGUAUUAAGAAUACAGAUACAGUUUGUGGAUUACAGUAUGUCAGGGAAGAUCAAAAGGAAUAGAUAGCUUUCAAAGGUGCUGGUAGAUUUCCCGCUGGGAUUCUGGGCUGAGAGUUUGU